CAACGCCCCCACCUGGCUGUUAGAGGCACGUGAGCCAGUGUACAACAUUUCGGGCCAGUUCGCGAUUUAUCCUGUUUGCGUUUGUUUAAAGGGGUGAAAUCAUGCAUAAUCUUGGGAUUGUUCCAAAUUAAAAUCAGACGCCUAAUAACGCCGAGACCGACGCAAGAUGGCAGAAGCGGCUCGGCUGCCGUAAAACCUCAAUCGAAGAAGAAAAAGGCGUAAAUUAGCAGCAAUACUUGAAGAGGACAAGAGACAAAAUGCGUGACGUCCAAGUAGUUUACUCGCUACAAGAAAACAGCAAAAUGGUAAAAGAGUUGGCGAAGGAGCGACUAAUGGCGGCGGCUGAUGAAAUAUUGGCGCUGUUUGAAAGAACAAUGGCGACGUACGAGGAGGAACUUUCUCGAUUAAGAGAGGAGAACGAGCAACAUCGACAACGUCUGGAAGCUGUUAGCAAGACUUGCAUUAUGCACCACGUCGAAGACUUCCAGCAGUUGAGUGGUGGUCAAGAGGAGCCUGCCCCUCAGCCGCAGGGGGGGAGCUCCGCUUGGAAGCACGAGGAUUCCCGCCCCCCCCACGUUAAAGAGGAAGAAAACGAACACUGGAGCGUUCAGGAGGGAGAGCGUCUUCCAGGGCAGCAGGAAGCUGAUCUCACCAGGGUACCACUGACCGGUGUCUCUGUGAAGACCGAAUCCCAUGAAGACAAACCACCUGAGUCCUCACAGCUUCAUCACAGUCCGAGUGAGGAGAACGGAGGGGUGGAGCCUCCAAGCAGCAGCGGCUCACCACAGUACAUGAUCACAGAAGCUGAUGGAGACCACUGUGGAGGAUCCCCAGCAGACAAGCUCUUAGCUCCGCUAUCAGAUAGCGAGUACACCAACAGGGACACCCAAGAAGCUCUGAGCAGCGAUGCGGACUGUGAAGGUGAUUUGAGGACUGCCACUGACGACAAACACUCAAAAAAGAAGACGGGUGAAAAGCGUUUUACUUGCUUGUUUUGUGCCAAAGGCUUUCAUUUUAAGAGUGACUUGACUCGACACAUGUGGGCGCACACAGGAGAAAAACCCUUUCGAUGCUCGGUUUGUGAUGUAAGCUGUUCUUAUAAGAGUGAGCUGACUCAACACAUGCGAACACACACAGGAGAGAAACCUUACAGUUGUUUAGUUUGUGGUGAUAAGUUUGCUCAGAAGUACACGUUGACAAGACACACAAGAACACACACAGGAGAGAAACCGUUUAGUUGUUCAGCUUGUGGUAAAUGCUUCUCUGAAAAGUCACACAGACUAUCACACAUGAAAACACACACAGGAGAAAAACCUUUCAGUUGUCCAGUUUGUGGUAGAAGAUUCUCUCAUAAGUCAACUAUGGUAUCACACAUGACAACACAUACGGGAGAGAAAGCCUUUGAGUGCUCACUUUGUUCUAAAAGGUUUUCGCAUAAGAGUGAUUUGAUUCGUCACGUAAGAAGACACACAGGAGAAAAACCUUUUAGAUGCUCAGUGUGUGGUAAAAUGUUUUCACAGAAGAGUGAUUUGAUUCGACACACCAGGACACACACGGGAGAAAAACCUUUUAGUUGCUCGGUUUGUAGUAAAAGAUUCUCUGAAAAGUCUCACAUGCUGUCACACAUGAGAACACACACAGGAGAAAAACCUUUUAGAUGCUCAGUCUGCAGUCAAAGUUAUUCUUGUAAGACCACUUUGACAGCACACAUGCAGACACACCAAGGGCAAUAAAGUAUUUCUGUUCAAUGCUGAAGUGUGAUGUUAUGGAGAAAGUGAUGAUUCACUUGCUGCGCCAUUAAGCAACAUGGAUUGUGGACUGUUCCUCACCUCCCUUGUGUUGGACUACACAUACACGUGCUCAGACUGUAAUUUCCAGCUUCAUCAACAUGUCCCUGUGGUUCAUGCAGACAGGGCAAGCUAACAACAGAUCAUGGAGACAAUUCCACAUGUGCCGCCAGCCUUUGUUAUAAAGACCGCUUCUAUUGUGACCUCUUUGAUGUUCUUC